UGAACUUCGAGUACCCAGUCGCGCAUUUGUAUUCGUCUCAGUAAAUGCGAUUUGCGGUAUUUUAUUUGGUGUUCAACAUGGGACAAGUCAUAGCGGACCAUAUGAACCGAUUCAUCCGGCACUAUGAACCAUUGCACUUUCUCAGCGAACCAUCUGUGCUUGGCGAGACAGCGAGGUCUGAGGGAUCCCUAGAAACCAGUAACAGCAACAUUCGCUUCGCAGCAUAUGGGAAAACCUUCCACUUGUUGCUACGGAGAGACGCGUCGCUGUUUGCGGAAGAUUUCGCCGUCCUCACACCCACUGGAAAAGUUAACUCGAGUAUUGACCAUUUGCACUCUGGGACGCUGCUGGGUUACUCCAUGAGCCGUGUAUUUGGCUCAGUGAAAGGCGGUGUUUUCGAAGGCUACAUCAACACUGGGGACGGAACCGAGUAUUACGUGGAACCUGGUUGGAAGUAUUUCGGGAGUAACGUCAGUCAAUAUAUCAUCUAUUCAGCGGCAGAUGUUUUGAUGCCGCCUGACGUCACAGGCACUGUAAGCUGCGGUGUGGACGGCAUGAGAAAUCUGGCUCCGGAACCACGCCAGGGGCUACAGAGACACAAACGUCAGGUGGACUACAUCCACUUCACCGGAUCUCCGAUUGACGAUAAGCACACCAAGAAGCCAAGGAAAGCAACAAAAGAAAGUAUGGCCUACCGAAUGUGCAAUCUGUUGAUAACCAUCGAUCAUACACUGUACGCGCACCAUAGCUAUGGAUCAGCCACUGACGAAGAGAUCCGGGAUCGCAUUGUGACAGUGGUAGCAUCCCACGUAGACGCCGCCUCUCACAUCUUCUCCAGCACCAAUUUCCAAGGCGUUUCCGGCAUCAUGUUUCGUGUGGAAACUCUCAAGGUGAACACUCCGAAGGGUUGCGAAGGAAAGGCGAGGUUAGGGAAUCCAUUCUGCGCAGAAGACUUGGACGCCAAUUUAAUUCUGGAACAUUUCUCCAACGCAAACUACGACCUUUACUGCUCAGCGUUCAUUUGGACAUUCCGAGAUUUCGCCAACGGUGUCCUAGGGCUGGCGUACGUCGGAACUCCAAGCACUAGAGUUUCUGGGGGAAUAUGCCAGAAAUAUGCGAAGCUUAACUUCGGCGGCUACCAUCGAUCUGUGACCCUGAACACGGGCGUCGUCACCUUCGUCAAUCACGGGAGAGCAGUUCCACUGAGAACCAGCCAGCUGACCUUCGCCCACGAACUAGGGCACUCUUUCGGAGCCAAUCACGACAAGGAUAAAAUAUGCGCUCCUGGCGGACAUGACGGCAACUACAUUAUGUAUCCAACAUCUAACCCAGGAACGCUUGCAAACAACCUCAAAUUCUCUUCCUGUAGCAUAAAAGAUAUUGGUGCCGUUCUUGACUCUAUACUUCACGAGAGAGGUGGGAGAGGCAACUGUUUCCUUCCAAGCAAAGACGGUUUCUGUGGAAAUAAUAUACGUGAGCAAAAAGAAGAAUGCGACUGUGGCAAUACCGACAGCGAUUGUGACGACAAGUGCUGUUACGCGAAUCACAACAAAGAACAAAAGAUGGGAUGCACGCUGCGUCCUAACGCUGUCUGUAGCCCAACUUCAGGAGCAUGCUGCACAACAAACUGCAGGUUCCGGAGCCAUAGCCACGUCUGUUCACCAGAAGACGAAUGCAACUUCGCUUCAAAAUGCGAAUAUCCUCCGUACCACUGCGCAAUUUGUAGCCCACUAUGUUUCAAAACCAUCGGCUAAUGCGUUCCCUUAAACGCACUUGGCAGAACUUAGUUUAACGCAGCGCCACAAGGUAAGCCAGGGAGCGUAGGAGUUAGCACGGGACUUUCUGUUAAUAUUCCGAGAAUUCGUGAUUAAGGUAAUUCAUAUAUCUGUCACCAACGGUCCGUCCUGUCCUGUCCAAGACCCUUGAAUGCCGCUUAAACACUGGUCGA